AUGGAAUUCAAAUUUCUGAUGUUGGCCAUAAUGUUGGCGAUUUUUCCCAUUCCUACUGAAGCGUCAUCAGGGACCUGUCCUCGCUGGGUGAAACUAAACAAGUCGCCCGUCUGCUUUGGCGCCAAGGGAAACCAGUAUGGUCGUUUUUCCUACCAUCGAAACAUCUUCGUGAGCUCGUUCAUGCUAGUGCACCGCUCGGGAAAAGUGUCAUGUAAUAAACGCGCCUACAGUUACUGGGGAUGUCAACCAAAUCACGGAGCAUUGCAUGUGCUCUUGACUGAUCAGAACAACAAGAUACUUGCUCCAGAAGCGAAAACAGUUGAUGGCAGUGGAUCGUAUAAACUGGCCGGAUACAGCUCUUCCUCGUCAGUCCUGGUGUUCUGUGCCUCAAAGAAGCCUCAAUGUGUCUUUGCUAACAGCGAGCUGCGUCUGUGGUAUGGGGAAGAUUUGCGUGCCGGUGGUGGUGAUAGCGACAAUGGGGGUAAAACGUGUGCGGAUGUGUACGGACAGCUGGCUUAAGCCUGCGAAGCCUAAUACACGCACACCAGAAAAUCUUCAGUCUGGCAUGCAGUAG